GAACCGCCGAUCACUGAUUGCUAAUAUUACUAACUCUCUCUCUCACACGAGACGCAAGGGAACGGGCGUGAUCGAACGUCACCUACUUCCAUCAGCUUCUCCUUGCAUGUAAAACGUGUCCCUCCAUAUUUCCAAUUGAACAGAGCACAAGCUUCCAACGCUGCACGACUUUUAGCCCCAAAAACAGCACCGUCACUGAUACAAAGACAAAUUUCUCCACGAAAUCUACGUCAUAGAUUCGUGCACAAUCGCUUCCACUUCAACUUCCACUCAUCCUGCUUCAAUGUGGUGUAAGCAAGGAACAACCGGGAAUUUGGAUUAAACGUCGCAAGCCUGAAUUUUAUUUUUGGAGGUAGAGUCGUACAUUUCUUCUAGACUUGUGUGUGAUAUUGAGUUGUUUUAUCAAUGAUCUUGGCUUUAAGGUUAUGGUGUUCAUUCAGAAAUGCAGGAUUUAACAGGGUUCGUUUUAUUUGUUGUUAUGGUGGGGGAAAAGAUCUAGAGCAUUUAUGAGGUGUUAUACUCGCCCAUAUAUGCCUAUGGUUCUAAAUUAAAAGUGUGUAGCCACUGGAACUCAAUUAAGGAUAAACAUGAGUAGGGUACUCAAGAAUGCUAACGUCUGUGAUGAUGAGAGUGCUCGCUAUGGAUCAUUUGCAAGGCAAGGGCCAAAUGAGAAUUCUGAUUAUCUUGAUCAUGAAAUUGCUCAGCUCACCAAACUAAGAUCAGUUCCCAGUGAAUUUUUAAGUAGGAAUAUACCUGGCAGAUUGAGGAUACCUGUCUCAACGGUGAAAAUGUUGGUUGGUCGAGAGGGUAACUAUUCUGGGAGAGGAAGAUUCUCAACUGCAGAUAGUUGUCAUGUUUUAAGCCGAUACUUGCCUGUCAAUGGUCCUUGGAGGGUGGACCGGAUGAAAAGCCGUGCUUAUGUUUCUCAGUUUUCUGAUGAUGGUACUCUUUUCGUUGCAGGAUUUCAGGGAAGCCACAUUAGGAUAUAUAAUGUGGAUAAGGGCUGGAAAGUUCAGAAAGACAUUUUAGCCAAAAGUUUGAGAUGGACAAUUACUGAUACGUGUCUUUCACCUGAUCAGCGGUAUCUUGUGUAUGCUAGUAUGUCACCAGUUGUCCACAUCGUAAAUGUUGGAUCUUCUGCAACAGAGUCACUUGCCAAUGUAACAGAAAUUCAUGAUGGUUUGGAUUUUUCUUGGAAUGAAGAAGAUGAUGAUGAUGAAUUUGGGAUCUUCUCUGUGAAAUUUUCAAGAGAUGGCCGAGAGCUUGUAGCAGGAAGUGGUGAUGAUGCAAUAUAUGUUUAUGAUCUGGAGGCAAAUAAGAAUAUUCUGCGAAUCCAUGCCCAUCAGUCUGAUGUUAACACAGUAUGUUUUGCGGAUGAUACUGGCCACAUCAUAUAUUCUGGAAGUGAUGAUAGCGUCUGUAAGGUCUGGGAUAGGCGAUGCUUUACUGGCAGAGGACAAGCAGCUGGGAUCUUGAUUGGACAUCUAGAAGGCAUUACAUUCAUAGACAGUCGUGGGGAUGGGCGUUAUCUCAUUUCUAAUGGAAAAGAUCAAACUACCAAACUAUGGGAUAUCCGAAAGAUGUCCUCUAAUGCUGCACGCACUCCAAUUCUUAGAGAUACUGACUGGGACUACAGAUGGAUGGAGUACCCACCCCAAGCAAGAACCUUGAAACAUCCUUGCGAUCAGUCAUUGGCCACAUACAGGGGUCAUUCGGUCUUGCGCACUCUUAUUCGAUGUUACUUCUCUCCAGAAUACAGCACUGGUCAAAAGUACAUUUACAGUGGAUCUAGUGAUUGUUCUGUUUAUAUUUAUGAUCUGGUGACCGGAGCUCAAGUUGCAAGGCUUGAUUAUCAUGAAGGUGCUGUAAGAGAUUGUAGUUGGCAUCCUGUCUACCCUAUGAUCAUUAGUUCUUCUUGGGAUGGUGUCAUUGCCAAAUGGGAGUUUCCUGGGAAUGGAGAAGCACCAGCUCCGCCAAGACGUAGGUCGAUUAGGAGGUGGGAUUUCUACUGAAGAUGGCAUGUAGUUGUACAAAUGCAAUUUUUGGCUUUUUUUUUUUGGGAACAACUGUUCAGUGCAUUUCCAUAAUAGGCGUACACAGAACUUUUGUACAUCAAACUGUCAUGAAAUGUUACACUUCUUUAUCACUGCUUGGAAAGAAGAGCAGUUAGUAAAGCAUAGGUAAAAUUACAGGUUC